UUUGGUUCUCGGGUUCAAGUUCAACCGACAAUGCUCAUUCCUUAAUGUUGGUUUUGAAAAUGUCUAAAAUUUAAAAUACAUCGUGAUGUGAGGUUUUUCUCAAUAUAAAAAAUAAGUUUUGUUUGUUAUAGAGAUGAGGAAAGCAUCUUCAGAUAGUGGGAGUGAAUAUAUUGCUACAGGGGUAGUAAUCAUAAUUUACUCAGUAUUACUGUUAUCAAGCUCAGUAAAUGCAGUGAGUAAUUAUAACUCUUUAGUGCAAAAGAUAUGGGGUUUGAGCAAGAUAUUUGGAUCAAGAGCAUUGGUGUUGAAUGUUAAAGAUUAUGGUGCAGUAGGGGAUGGUGUUCAAGAUGAUACACAGGUCCUGGAAGAUGUUUGGAAUAUGGCAUGUUCUUCAAAGGUAGAAUCACGAAUCAUAAUUCCGGUCACAAGUUAUUGUCUUGUUGGACCGAUUAGUUUCGGAGGUCCAUGCCACUCAAAAGUAACUUUGACGAUAUCCGGUGCUAUUGUCGCUCCAAGUAGUCCUGAUGAUUGGAAUGGUAGUAAUACACAAAAGUGGUUGUAUUUUCAUAAUGUAGAUCGCCUCACGGUUGAAGGUCGAGGGAUGAUUGAUGGGAUGGGGCAUGAAUGGUGGGCUCGUUCUUGCAAGAUCAACCCAGAAAAUCCUUGCAGACAUGCUCCAACGGCUAUAACCUUUCACAGAUGCAACAAUUUGGUAGUUAAGAAUCUUUUGAUUGUGAAUGGUCAAAAAAUGCAAGCGGCAUUCACUACAUGCGACGGGGUCAAAGUAUCACAUUUGAGUGUUUUCGCUCCUGGUGGUAGCCCUAACACGGAUGGUAUUCACAUAAGUGCAUCCACUAAUGUUAGAGUCGAAGACUCUACCGUUAGAACAGGUGAUGACUGCAUAUCUAUAGUCAGCAAUUCUUCAAAAGUUCAGGUCAGGAGGAUUGCGUGUGGUCCAGGACACGGGAUAAGCAUUGGAAGCUUGGGAAAGUCAGGCACUUGUGAUCAAGUGUACGAUGUGAGUGUUCGUGGGGCAUUUCUGUCCAACACUGAAAAUGGACUCAGGAUCAAAACAUGGCAGGGAGGUAGUGGUUUUGUCAGAAAUGUGAAAUUCGAGGAUGUGUGGAUGGAAAACGUAUCAAACCCAAUCAUAAUUGACCAAUAUUACUGUGACUCAAAGAAGCAAUGCCCAAACAAGACAGAAGCAAUCAAUGUGCACGACAUAUCCUUUGUCAAUGUUAAAGGAACUGUAGCUACUAAAGAAGCUAUAAUAUUUGCUUGUAGUGACGUUAUUCCUUGUGAAGGGUUAUAUUUGGAAGAUGUUGAACUUGUAUCAGCCUCAGAUGAUAUCGCAACCUCAUUUUGCUGGGAUGCCUUAGGGUCAAGUUCCGGUACUGUAUACCCUCCUGCUUGCUUCUCAACUAGUGGAAGCUUGAUUAAUGAGACUAUUUUAUCUAAUAUCUCUCAUAUUCAAGACGUAUGACUAGCAUCUCCGACAGUAAAUUAAUUCCCACAAAUUAGGGUUAUACUUGUAUAUGAUACAAUGAAAGUUGUAUGUCGUCCUUGAUCGAGCAUUAAUCAAAAGGCACCUUAUUGUUAAAAACCUCAAUGUUGGAUAAGUUGAAAGCAGCCCUUGUCGUAUC